AUGAAAGUGAUUCAGAUAAACCUGAAUCACUGCCGGGCUGCGCAGGACCUACUCCUGCAGUCAGUGAGGGAAUGUAAGGCGGAUCUGGCUAUCAUCAGCGAACCUUACAAAGUCGAGGACAACGGCGACUGGGUAACGAACACAUCAAGCAAGGUCGCGAUAUGGCUGUGCAGGAGAAACGGCAGAUCAUUCCUGGACGUGCGUAAGGGAUCGGGUUUCGUCCGAGCUCGAAUAGGCGAAAUGUGGGUCUACAGCUGCUAUCUAGCACCUAGUCUCUCCAAGGUGGACUUUAGAAGUGCACUGGACACGAUCGCCUUCGAUGCAAGGCGACGCCACCCUACCAUCAUCGCAGGCGACUUCAACUCGUGGGCAGAAGAAUGGGGGUGCCCCAGCACCAACAUAAGGGGGCGAGACUUACUCAGAGCCUUUGCAACGCUGGACGUUGUGCUGCUUAAUGAAGGGACGCAGGAGACUUUUAAUCGGGCUGGAGCUGGGUCUAUCAUAGACCUCACCUUUGUGAGCUCCCCGCUAGCCCGACGUUCUCACUGGAGAAUCGGCGACUUCUGCACGGCCAGCGACCACGAGGCCAUACUAUGCACAGUGGGCAUACGCCCGGGACCAGGACCCCUGAACCGGGCAGCCAAGGGCUACCGCCAGGAGACGCUGAACGCCGAACAGAUGAGCAGGUGCCUGGCGGACAUGCAUUUCGUCACGGAAGCAGACGUUAACACCAAUGCUGACGGGAUAGCAGCCAGCCUGGAGGAUGCGUGCAGGGCAGCCGAACAGGAUCCGUGGGGUGGAGCCUACAGACUCGUGGUCAAGCGAGUAAAUGCAGGCAGCCGCUCUCCAACGGACCCUGAAACCCUAAGUGAGAUCGUUCGCACAUUGUUCCCUUCGGGUAGCGCCAAGGACAGCACACUGCAUGAAACGGGGCCUAAGUGGGAGAUCAGGGCAAUAACGGAGACCGAGGUUGCUGAAGCAGGACGCAACCUGCAGAACAAUAAAGCCCCAAGACCCGACGCAGUGCCCUACAACGCCUGCCUGCGCGAGGGAACAUUUCCCCGGAGAUGGAAAGUCCAGAAGCCGUUGCUCCUGAACAAACCUGGGAAGCCGCCUGGUGAAGCUUCCUCCUACAGGCCGAUUUGUCUGCUCGACACAGUUGGCAAAGUGUUCGAGAAGCUUAUCUCGAAGCGGCUAAAUCUGGCCAUAGAUGCAGCUGGUGGCCUCUCCCCCUCCCAGUUUGGGUUCCGGAAAGGGAAGUCUACAUUAGACGCGAUCCGAACGGUCACCGGGAUAGCAGCGGAAGCCAUACGCGGGAAGCGAUGGAAAGGCGGCACGAAAAAAUACUGUCUGCUGGUCGCGCUCGACAUCAAGAAUGCCUUAGACACUGCGAACUGGACAGGGAUUAUGCAGGCCCUAAGGCGGCAACAGAUCCCGGAGUACCUCAUCAAGAUAAUCGACAGCUACCUUGACGAAAGGGUGCUGCUGUUCGAUACGAGCGAUGGCCCAAAAGAGUACAAUGUUACUGCUGGGGUGCCACAAGGAUCGGUCCUGGCCCCUUGCUGUGGAACAUAA